AUGGCCACUCCCCCCAACGCUAGACAGGUUAUGCAACCUUCCCCAGCAAAUAAUUGCGAUGUUGCAAUAAUCUCGGAGGACCGACAGCUGUCUGAUCCAGAGUUCAGCAAGACAUUCAGCGCCAAUCGAAAGAGAAAGGCGUCCAAGUCGUCAACGGCUAAAGCUAGAGUCUCGAGGCAAAAGAUCACCAGAGCCUGCGAUGGCUGUAAAGAAAAGAAAAUCCGAUGCUCUGGGACGCGUCCAUGUGUCAGAUGCACGAGGCUCACUCUCUGCUGCGAAUACAACGCCGCCUAUUCUCGAGGAUUGCCCCCUGAGCCCCUACCGGCUCCUUCUGCGGCCACCUGCAUGAACAACGGCCCCUCUCCGUCAUCUACUCGUGUUGAUCAAAGCCAUAUCACCCCUCAGUCUCACAGGGGCUCGCACAGAAAUAGCAAUAUACGGAGGCAACGUCGCAACUCCCCCGACCCAGUAGUCACGGACUUCGAGGGAAAUUAUCUUGGUCCUGCGUCCGGAGUCUCGUUUCUAAACCGGGUAUGGCGUCGUCUACACCAAGACGAGAUGUGCGCUAUUCCCGAUGGAUUUCAAAAUGAGUCUUCUAGAAAUACGUCGGUGUUCAUGUUCGGUGACAAGCCGUAUUCAGACUACCAUGAGGCCGGAUUUGUUCUUCCCACGUACGAGAGGGGCCUGGAGUUAGUAAAUGUCUACUUUGAUUUCUCAAUUGUGACCUACCGCUUUCUGCAUCGACGAAGUGUUGAGGCUUGGCUGAAGCAAGUAUAUCAGAACAACACUUCCUCUUCAAAUCUUCCGGACGGCCCUAUGAUCGCUAGAACAGCCAUCGUUUUUAUGAUUUUUGCCGUAGCCACUUUGUACGAGGAAAGAAGCCCGGGUAUUGACACGGACCCUUGGAAUGGAAGUGAGCGUUGGUAUGCGGCGUCGAAAUACAUGUCCUCCUUGGAGAUCGGACCGCCACGGUUAGAGACAGUCCAGGCACGACUGGGUCAAUGCCUCUAUCUCCUCUCAUCAUCUCGAGCCAAUGAAUGCUGGUUCGCCUUCGGAACAGCACUGCAACUGGUGACGGCAUUGGGCCUCCAUCGAAAAUGCCCCGCCAAAAUGUCGAAAAACGGAGGUAGUUACUUGGAGCGAGAGCUCCGCAAGUGUAUCUUUUGGAGUGCAUAUACUCUGGACAAGUAUCUCAGUGUCAUGUUCGGGAGACCCAGGCUGUUGCACGAUGAGGACAAUGAUCAAGAGCUUCCAGAUGAAUGGAAUGAUGACGACAUAGUAUCAGACGAUCCCAAAAGCCGAGCUGGAUCCCCGGACAGUAUGAUGGUUGCAUCUGUUCUUCAUUUUAGACUGGGUCGUAUUCUUGGUGAGAUAUCCCGGCAAAUAUACACAAUCAGUCCCCAAUCCCGAGAUCAAUCUCUUGAGGCAGCUGUUCAUCUCACUUCAGAGCUUGAAAAAUGGAAGGAAACGACUCCGCCGUUGUUCAACAGUGUUCGAGCAACCAGCCUUAUUCCACCCCUUUGUCGACAGAGUCAAGUUCUGCAGCUUGCAUAUUCGCAUGCAAUCAUCCAUGCAACCCGAUCGUUCCUUCUGAAUGAUUUCACCGACCUCAGCCGCAGACCCCCAAUUCCACACCCUACGGUGACAACCCAUGUAGGAAAAUGCAUCAAGGCCGCCGAAGACGUUCUAAAGCUAGUGGAGAGCCUCGCCAAACAAGGCGUCUUAAUACAAUCGUUCUGGUUCACCCACUAUGUAUGCUUUUGCGCCAUUACUGUGGCGUAUAUCUACACAAUCCAACAGUGGCAAUUUGAUUCUCUAGAAUCCUCCACCCAGUCCGUUGAGGACAUAAAUCGUCUGCGCUCACUCUUCAAUCUUGCUGAGGUUUGCCAACAACACCUCGCCGAGGCCACUCGUAGGAAUUGUCCCAGCCGCCGUUACAGUAUCAUUCUAGAAGAGCUGAGGCUGGAAGUACAUCGGCAGAUUGGCUCUUCAUUGGGCACAGAAUUCUCAGGAAUCAGGCUGGGCCAACCUUGGAGCUCCUCUACCCGAGUCCAAGAGAAAUCUUUAGAGCCAAGCCAUAUGAAUAUCAUAGCUCCCAGGAGUUCAUCGUCGAUAGAAUCAAACCCUACAACCUAUCAAGGGACUUUUCAAGCACCGGAAAUGGCGGAAGGGCUAUUAGAAGAACCUUGUGAAGAUUUUGGGCUUUUAGACAAUCUUGAAGGUUCGGUCUGGUGGACUCAAUGGGACUCUUGGGCAUUUUCAAAUCUUCCGAGUGACCCAUCAGUUAUCUCUCUUGAAUAG